AUGCAGCUCAUUACCCUGAUGGCUCUCGUUGCCAGUGCGGUGGCACUGCCUCCGUCUGGUCCCAUGUUUGGCAACGCCAAUGGUAUUGCCAACAAGGGCAACACCGACGUCCACUGGCAGGUGCCUGAGGAUAUGACCGUCCACCAGGCGCAGGCCAAGUGCGGUGACCAGGCCCAGCUGUCUUGCUGCAACAAGGCUACGUACGCCGGAGACACUACCGACGCCGAGAAGGGUAUCCUCGCAGGUGCCUUGAGCAACCUGAUCAGCGGUGGCUCUGGUUCGGAUGGACUUGGCCUUUUCGAUCAGUGCUCGAACUUGGAUGCUCAGGUUCCGAUCAUCGGUAUUCCCAUUCAGGACCUGGUCAAGAAGAAGUGCCAGCAGAACAUUGCCUGCUGCCAGAACUCUCCUUCCAGCGCGAGCCACGAUUUGAUUGGCCUUGGCCUGCCUUGCAUCGCUCUUGGUGCUCUGCUCUAA